GUUCUGGCACGUACUAUAUUGUAUGAUGCAGUACACUCUCCUUGUAUAAUUUAACAGUUUUAUUUAAAAUGUCUGCUAUAUCGUGUAUAAAACGCUGUGUGCUCUGAGAUUGCCACAGCACAAAGCAAGCUCACUCAUCACAGACGUGAAGCACCUUAUAGAGGCUCUCAAAGGCACGCGCGCGGGCGAAAACGCGGAGCCAUCGAGGAGAAGCCCAAUUAAGGGACGGAGGCUGUUCUUCAUCAUGGUCGCAUAUGCAUAUGCAACCACGUUGUACGUGGCAGCUCAAGCAGCCCGCCUGCCGAGCUCCUUGCAGCCGCAGGCGGUGGCCGCCGUCUUCUUCACGUCGGCCGCGUGCACCGUCGCCCUAGCCGUCCUCCUGGCCUUGCUGCGGCUCCGCCCGCCGUGGUGGUGCGCGUGCGCGGUGUGCGAGGCGUACGUGACGGCGUCGUGGGCAGCCGAGUUCGACAACCUCUGCGACUGGUACGCUCACCUGCUGCGCCGCGCGCCCGGGCGGACCGUGCACGUGCACGUGCUCGGAAACGUGCUCACCGCCAACCCGCCCACCGUCGACCACAUGCUGCGCGGCCGCUUCGACAACUACCCCAAGGGCGCCCCCUUCUCGGCCAUCCUCGCCGACUUCCUCGGCCGCGGGAUAUUCAACGUCGACGGCGACUCCUGGCUCUUCCAGCGCAAGCUCGCCGCCGCCGAGCUCGCGUCCCCAGCGCUGCGCUGCUUCGCGGCCGGCGUCGUGGCCUCCGAGCUCCGGUGCCGACUCAUUCCUCUGCUCUACUCUGCAGCCGGCGACGGAGACAGCAGCGGCGACAGGCUGCUGGACCUCCAGGACGUGUUCCGCCGCUUCGCCUUCGACUGCAUAUGCAGGAUCUCGUUCGGCCUCGAUCCCGGCUGCCUGGAGCUCUCGCUGCCCAUGUCGGCGUUCGCCGACGCGUUCGACACGGCGUCGAUGCUCUCCGCACGACGCGCGACGGCGCCCAUGCACGUGCUCUGGAAGCUGAAGCGGCUACUCAACGUCGGGGAGGAGCGGGAGCUCCGCGACGCCAUCCGCCUCGUCGACACGCUCGCCGCUGAGGUCAUCCGGCAGCGCCGGAAGCUCGGCACCGCCGCCUCGGGCGACGACCUCCUGUCGCGCUUCAUGGGCUCCAUCAACGACGACAAGUACCUCCGGGACAUCGUCGUGAGCUUCAUGCUGGCCGGCCGCGACACCGUCGCCUCGGCUCUCACCGCCUUCUUCUUGCUGCUCUCCGACCACCCCGACGUGGCCACCGCGAUCCGGGACGAAGUCUCGCGCGUCGCCGGAGACGACGACAGAGACGGCCACGCCGCCGCCAGCUCGGAGAAGCUCAAGGACAUGCACUACGUGCACGCGGCGCUGCACGAGUGCAUGCGGCUGUUCCCGCCGGUGCAGUUCGACUCCAAGUUCGCGGCCGGCGACGACAUGCUCCCUGACGGCACGUUCGUCGCCAGGGGCACCCGGGUGACCUACCACGCCUACGCCAUGGGCCGCAUGGAGUCCGUGUGGGGCCCCGACUGCGCCGAGUUCCGGCCGGACCGCUGGCUCCACGACGGCCGGUUCGUGCCGGAGAGCCCCUACCGGUACCCAGUGUUCCAGGGCGGCGUGCGCGUCUGCAUCGGCAGGGAGCUCGCCAUCAUGGAGAUGAAGUCCGUCAUCGUCUCCGUCGUGCAGAGCUUCGACAUAGAGGCGGUCGGCCGGAGCUCCCACCGGCCAAAGUUCGCGCCAGGCCUUACCGCCACAUUCGCCGGGGGCGUGCCUGUCAGAGUGCGGCGGCGAGCGAGAGCUCGUGUCAGCGAGCUCCGACGACCACCAAGAUAACGUCACCACGGCACCAUGCACGCACGAUUUGUUCGUCGUGUUCUUCCCCUUCGUGACUUGUAUUCGCGAAUCGCGACGACGACACAGUUUGGUUCUUGGCCUCCACUGGAGUCUGAAGAUUCCUCCGAUAAGGGUCAUCUGGUCAUGGCACAGGCGGAGGAAGGGAUUAGUCGUCUAAUCCGAUGCCCGACGGACGGCACUAGUUCUGGCACAUGCAUAAAAAGGGGGCGGCGUAAAGUCGCCUCUGCAUGUCAGCAUGUGUGCUAUUCUUUCCAACUUUCAAAGCAGAAUUGUCGAAAAGAAAAUUUUGCAGAUUCAAAGUUGCAGAAUGCAUGCACAUCUAGAUGUUGUAGCUUCCUAGGGAACUUGAAUUAUUGCAAGGUGGUCGGGCAGCGAAUUAGAAAAAUGCAUGCAGUUGAUAUAUUCUUUAUUCCAGCUCAGCUCGUUGGAUAGAUUUUUACGGUGGAAACCUAUCCACACCAUGUUCCAGUUUUUGACUCAGUGUAGCUACCCGUCCAAUAUUAUGGGUUUGUUGUCCUGUCUUCGAGAGGUGUUCAUAGUGUCCAGGGUGUGUUCAAAGUGGUGAAAAUGUGGUGUAAGCAUGCAAUUUGUAAUGUGUUUCGGACAAAAUAAAAAAAAAUUAACUAAGUUUGAUUUA